AUGAAGCAGACAGACUACGUUUGUCCCCGCUGCAAAGCUUGCGUGUCAUCUAAGAAUGCGGCGCGACAUUCCCGCUCGUCCCACUGUGUCACAGAGGAGCAGGCGGAGACACAUGCAUUGGCGCUCCUCGAAGCGCGGCGUCAACGCGACCGCGAAAGGAAGGCCGCUGCACGAGUGCUUGCCGAAAAGUACAACUGCCACCACUCUACCAUCUGCCGCGUCUUUUUCUCAGGCAAAGCAGCAGGGAGUUGCUACCGGCAACAUGAAAGUCUCGGUUUCGAGCAGCAAGAAGGGUCGUGUGGGUAG